AUGCCCCCGUGCUCGGUAGGAAUAUUAGUAGAUCGGGGUCUUGGAACAACAACAAUAUCAAGAACCUCAAUAUCCCUCUAUACAGCAGUUAUUUUCAUUGGUGGGAAAUACGAUCAGGAGGCUCUUGCCUAUGCUGGGCGUGUAGCGUGCCAUCUUGGAGUGAAGUUGACAUAUAAGAUUUUUAUGACGGCAUGUAGCUGGAGGACAUGUAGCUUAGAUGGAAAGUACCUUAUUAAUCCCGGCCAGUCAUUUUCGACGCUAAGGUCACUUGAAGAGAAAUAUGGGCUUAUCAUUGUGGGUCGAUGA